CCGUGGUGUUGGCUGCGGCAGGGGCAGUCGUGGCGGCGUUCUCAGCAGAGGCUCCAGCUCAGAGCAGAGCAGUUCAGCAGACAAUAACCGCGCUGGGAGCCGGACCUGACAAGCUGAUCACUGGAGAUUCCAUCGUUAGUGCUGAGGCAGUAUGGGAUCACGUCACCAUGGCCAACCGGGAGUUGGCAUUUAAAGCUGGCGACGUCAUCAAAGUCUUGGAUGCUUCCAACAAGGAUUGGUGGUGGGGCCAGAUCGACGAUGAGGAGGGAUGGUUUCCGGCCAGCUUUGUGAGGCUCUGGGUGAACCAGGAGGAUGGGGUGGAGGAAGGGCCCAGUGAUGUGCAGAAUGGGCACCUGGACCCCAAUUCAGACUGCCUUUGUCUGGGCCGGCCACUACAGAACCGUGACCAAAUGCGGGCCAACGUCAUCAAUGAGAUCAUGAGCACCGAGCGUCAUUACAUCAAGCACCUCAAGGACAUUUGUGAGGGCUACCUGAAGCAGUGCCGAAAGAGAAGGGACAUGUUCAGUGAUGAGCAGCUGAAAGUCAUCUUUGGGAACAUUGAAGACAUCUACAGAUUUCAGAUGGGCUUUGUAAGAGACCUGGAGAAGCAGUACAACAAUGAUGACCCCCACCUCAGCGAGAUAGGACCUUGCUUCCUGGAGCACCAAGAUGGAUUCUGGAUAUACUCGGAAUAUUGUAACAACCACCUGGAUGCCUGCAUGGAACUCUCCAAGCUGAUGAAAGACAGCCGCUAUCAACACUUUUUUGAGGCCUGCCGACUCUUGCAGCAGAUGAUUGACAUUGCUAUCGAUGGUUUUCUUUUGACUCCAGUACAGAAGAUCUGCAAAUAUCCCUUACAGUUAGCUGAGCUCCUUAAGUAUACUGCCCAAGACCACAGUGAUUACAGAUACGUUGCAGCUGCGUUGGCUGUCAUGCGCAAUGUGACUCAGCAGAUCAAUGAACGCAAGCGACGUCUGGAGAAUAUUGACAAGAUCGCGCAAUGGCAGGCCUCUGUCCUAGACUGGGAGGGAGAGGACAUCUUAGACAGGAGCUCGGAGCUGAUCUACACUGGAGAGAUGGCCUGGAUCUAUCAGCCCUAUGGCCGUAACCAGCAGAGAGUCUUCUUCCUAUUCGACCACCAAAUGGUCCUCUGCAAGAAGGACCUAAUCCGGAGAGACAUCCUAUAUUACAAAGGCCGCAUUGACAUGGAUAAAUAUGAGGUGAUUGACAUUGAAGAUGGCAGAGAUGAUGACUUUAAUGUCAGCAUGAAAAAUGCUUUCAAGCUUCAUAACAAGGAAACAGAAGAAGUUCAUCUGUUCUUUGCCAAGAAACUGGAGGAGAAAAUACGUUGGCUCAGAGCUUUCAGAGAAGAGAGGAAAAUGGUACAGGAAGAUGAAAAAAUUGGCUUUGAGAUUUCUGAAAACCAGAAGAGGCAGGCUGCAAUGACUGUGAGAAAAGCUUCUAAACAGAAAGGUGUGAACUCUGCCCGCUCAGUUCCUCCUUCUUACCCACCACCACAGGACCCGUUAAACCAGGGCCAGUACCUGGUUCCCGAUGGCAUCGCUCAGUCUCAAGUCUUUGAGUUCACUGAACCGAAGCGCAGCCAGUCACCAUUCUGGCAAAACUUCAGUAGGUUAACCCCCUUCAAGAAAUAAUACCUGUAG